CCAGCUGCAAGCUCUUCAGAUCAACGAACGGGGUGGGACCGAAACAAGCUGGAUUGUGCUAAAACUGGAGAAAGUACAUACACUAUUUGGUCCGCAAAGGAUUUCUUUGGACAUGUGGACAGUGGAAGUGCUCUUCUGAAAACAUUCUUGAAGGUGCUGAAUGUAGAGAGCGAGAGCGGGCGUAUCCCCACCCCACACCUCAGCCCCUCUCACAGACUACAGAGUUCCCGAAUGGCCCCAGCAGCUAAUUCACAGAGAGCCCACGCCAUGUCCUAACCCACGGCGUGCCUGCAACUCCCCCCCCCCCCCUCCCCUUCCUCCUGGACACCACCUCCCCUCACCCUCUUCCUCCUUCUCCUCUUCCUCUUCUCCCCACUUCAUCUCUGUCACAUGUGAGUGGUGUGGCGACCAAGCCGGAGCAAUGAGCCUGCAGAAGCACAUGCAACUGGGCUCAGAGCGGGACUUGCAUUCCACCGCCUCCUCCAUCAGCCUACCCUCCGUCAAGAAGGCGCCCAAGAAGCGACGCCUCUCCCUGGGAGCGUUCUUCCGCCGGCGCCCCCGGGAGCCCAAGCGAAAACCCCGUGAUUUGGUGUUGUCUGCAGGAUGCGCCGCCUCUGUUGGAGGGGUGGAGGGCAUUGCCAGCAUCGAGAGCAUCCAUUCGGACACUUACCAUGACAAGGCCCUCGGGGCUGGGCCUGCGGCUCCGCCCGGGGCUGCAGCUCCGGCUGCGGCAGAAGUGGCCUCCACUUUUACUGGUGGCUCCCACGCCUCUACGUCCUCGGCGGCGUCAUCAUCGUCCUCUUCCUCCUCGUCCAAGGCGGAACUGCUGGAGUGCCCGCUGUGCCUUCUGCGCCACACGCGCGACAACUUCCCCGACAUCAUGACAUGCCCGCACCGCUCCUGCGCCGACUGCCUUCGGCAGUACCUGCGCAUCGAGAUCAGCGAGAGCCGCGUCAACAUCUCCUGCCCUGAGUGCGCCGAGCGCUUCAACCCCAACGACAUCCGCGCCAUCCUCGCCGACGUCUCGCUCUCGGACAAGUACGAGGAGUUCAUGCUGCGCCGCUGGCUCGUGGCUGACCCCGACUGCCGCUGGUGCCCCGCCCCUGACUGCGGGUAUGCCGUGAUUGCCUUUGGCUGUGCCAGUUGCCCUAAGAUCACAUGUGGCCGUGAGGGCUGUGGCACGGAGUUCUGCUAUCACUGCAAGCAGCUGUGGCACCCCAACCAGACCUGUGAUGCCGCCCGCCAACAAAGAGCACAGAGCUUACGGCUGAGGACCAUCCGCUCGUCCUCACUCACCUACAGCCAGGAGAGUGGCGCUGCAUCUGAUGACAUCAAGCCCUGUCCUCGCUGUGCUGCUUUCAUUAUCAAGAUGAACGACGGGAGCUGCAAUCACAUGACGUGUGCCGUGUGCGGCUGUGAGUUCUGCUGGCUCUGCAUGAAGGAGAUCUCCGACCUGCACUAUCUCAGUCCCUCAGGCUGCACUUUCUGGGGGAAGAAGCCGUGGAGCCGUAAGAAGAAGAUCCUGUGGCAACUGGGCACGCUGGUGGGGGCGCCUGUGGGCAUCGCACUCAUCGCGGGCAUCGCCAUCCCAGCUAUGAUCAUUGGCAUCCCCGUCUACGUGGGCAGGAAGAUCCACAACCGAUACGAGGGAAAGGACAUCUCCAACCACAAGAGGAACUUGGUGAUUGCCGGCGGCGUGACCCUGUCUGUCAUCGUGUCACCGGUUGUCGCUGCAGUCACAGUCGGUAUUGGGGUGCCCAUCAUGUUGGCUUAUGUGUACGGGGUGGUGCCCAUCUCGCUGUGCCGCAGUGGGGGCUGUGGCGUAUCGACGGGCAACGGCAAAGGGGUGCGCAUCGAGUUUGACGACGAGAAUGACAUGAACGUCGGCAGUGGGGUGGCUGCAACUGACACCACGUCGGUGGCGGAUACGCGGCACAACCCCAGCCUGGGCGAGGGCAGUGUGGGGGGCCUGACGGGUAGCCUGAGCGCCAGUGGCAGCCACAUGGAGCGCAUGGGUGCCAUGCGGGACAACCUGAGCGAGACGGCCAGCACUACCGCCCUGGCAGGGGCCAGCAUCACUGGCAGCCUGUCGGGCAGCGCCAUGGUCAACUGCUACAACAGGCUGGAGGUGCAGGCGGAUGUCCAGAAGGAGCGAUGCAGCCUGAGUGGAGAGUCGGCCACGGUCAGCCUCGGGACAAUCAGCGACAACGCCAGCACCAAAGCCAUGGCUGGCUCCAUCCUCAACGCUUACACACCUCUGGACAGAGACAGCAGUAAUGUUGAGGUACAGGUGGACGUGGAGACCAAGAAGCCUCAGCACAUCAGCGGUGCGGAUGACUGCAGCAACCACACCACCCGCUGUGCCUGGACCUGCCAAUCAUCCACUGCAAACUCCUACUGCUCUGCACGCUGGGCCAAAGAUCCCUCCUCCUCUUCGUCUUCCUCUUCCUCCUCCUCCUCCUCCUCCUCUUCGUCUUCUUCGGGGAAGAAGCAUAAAGGCAAGUUGAGGAAGAAGAGUGGAGGCAGCACAGGUGGAGGCGGAGGAACGCAGAUCAACGAGACGCGGGAGGAGCCGGACGCCCACCUGCUGGAGCGCCACAGUGUCCACUCCAGCGGCCCAGACUCACCCUCGCUCAGCGGCAGCCUGCCCUCCGUGGCUGACUCCCACUGCAGCCAGCUGUCCGAGCUGAGCGCCGCCUCCGAGCUCGGCCCUGACGCUCCCGCCAUCGCCAUCUCCAUCGCCCCGGCCCCAGCCCCAGCCCCGGCCCCCCACCCUCGGCCCCCAGCACAGCUGCAGCAGCACGGGCGCUUUUCGUCCGUCAGCCCCCUGCCCGAGGUGGAGCACGACCGGCUGGAGAGCUGCCCGGAACAGACCAGUUGUGGUGCUGGUGGCGGGGUCCUUCUCCCGGCUGCAUCGGGGUCCCCCCGCUCCCCUGAGGCGCCCGUGUUGUGCCUGAUCGCGGAAGAGAAUGUGAGUAUGGUGCUGUCGGCCGAGCCGCAAUCCCGCAGUUGGGCAGGCCACGAGGAGCAAAAGAGGGGAGACGACAACAACAGUAGCCCCAGCCCACAGCGCCACCUGCGGGUUGGCAGGGGCAGCUGCAUUCAGAGCGAACUCUGAAUCAGACUUGAAAAUAUACACUUACACACACACACACCACAAGUGCUGUAAAAAGACUAGCCAUCCCCCCUCCGCACGCACGCACACACCCGCGCACACACACACGCACGCACACACACGCACGCACGCGUGUCCCAUCUCUGCACAGACUGACAGCACUGCAGUGCCUCACUGAGCUUUAAGCUCCCACCCACCCCCCACCCUGGUUUACAGAUGGGGUGCAGCAGCUGGUUUGCUUCUUUAAUCCCUCAUUUCUAACUCACUGUUCAUGCCCUCUCGAGUCCUUAGCAGAGCGCCUCCUUUCUAACAUACGCUAUGAUUGCUGUCGCCAUCGGGGAUCUCCAUGGUGAUUCAAAGGAAGCAUAAAAAAGAGAGCAAGUGCAGUGCUUCUGUGGACGCUGUGAGAUUUGGUGAGGAGGUGUGGUGAUGCCAGGGUGUAGCAGGCAGACUCUGGGGCACUGUGCUGUACAGUAUUAGACGCUGGAGGAUGUGCCAUCUUCACUCUGUUGGAUAGAGAACCACUGCUAGCAGCCACGCACGCACACGCACGUACACAUGCACACAUGUUUAAGGCUGCCGUUGGGGGCAGAUCUCACACACACACACACACACACACACACACACACACACACACACACAUGCAAGGACCCUCAUGUUUCAGCUCUCUCCCAAACAGGCUCCAUGUUAAUCUUCAUAGGGACCACGCAAUAAUUUUUGUUGUUAUUAUGAUGAAAAAAAUGUCAUUGUUGGUAUUCUUUUUUUUUUUUCAUUUUUGUAAAUGAUCUCCACAUUUUUGUGAAGUCCAUUGCAUAAUCUCUUUAUUUAUUAAUUUUGUUUCCUUUUACAUUACACUUUUUUUAAUGGUGGUUGACAUGUGGCUAUGCACCUCAUAGGUGGUGAGUGGGGAAAACAAUGAGGAGUAGAAAGACCCAGAAAGCAGGAGAGAUCUGUGGCGGAUGAGUACCGGAUCCUCCUCAGGGCCAGCUGCUGCUACUGCUUUCUGGAGCGAGCAGCGCCACCACCUCUCUAGCAGAGGCAGACUGAGAUGGACAGAUUGUUCACCUGUGUCUCUAAGGCUUUCAGGGUAGCAGUGACUCUCCAGUGGCCAGGCACAGUUAGAUAAGAUGACGACCAAACCUGCCUGUUUCUCUGCCACAUGCAAAAAAAAAAGAGAAGAUGUUUAGUUUCUGCUGAAUCUCCGGAAACUCUGAUUUUUCUAUAUCUGCAAAUUCAUGGUGCCUUUUGGAAUGUAACUUUUUUUUUUUUUUUUCCCCAUCUGUCUGUUCCUUAUAAUUUGCAACAGUUUAAAAGAAAAGAAGAAAACACUUAAGCUGAAUGUCUCCCACUAACAAAUGUUUGGAAACCAACAGUUCCUGUCUCAGACAUCUUGAAUAAAAAAAGACUCGUGCGUGAAAUCGCCUACCAAAGACAGAGCUCAGCUCAGGCCCUCUGCCCAGUCUUACUACUUGAGGCCAGUCUGCACCUCCAGAGACUGACAGUAGCACACCACAGCUGCGGCAACACCUGAAACAAACUCCCUGACGCCUGACAUGUAUUUUUUUUUACGAGCUUCCCAAAGCCCGCUUGAGAGUCUGUGAAGCCAUGUCACGGCCUAGACAUCUGCACUGCUCACUUGUUCCGAUGUUGUAAUCUCCGUACUAGAGGCGUCUCAAAAGCAGGCCGGGUGGAGAAGACUAUAUGAAACCCUUAUUUUGUAAUUUGAGUCUUUGUAGCCAUCUUGGUGCUGCUGUCCUACCUGAUCUGGGUUGAUGUGUGAACGCCACAGGCUGUGGUCCGAGCUGUUCUGGUAUAGGGGUUUGUUCCGCGUCUGGAUCCCACUCUUUCCCCAUCAUGCUCAUGUGCAGUGCUAUGUGCUCCAGCCCCUGGUAUCAUUUCUAAUAUUGGUUCAGAAAAGCUUAUGGUGUUGGAUUUUUUUUUUUUUCAUUUUGCUUUACAAUAUGCAUGUCAAUGCAUAUCUGAAAUAAAUUUAAGGAAGAA